AUGUAUCCACUAUACUAUGAGAAAAAAAUAGUAAAGAAAUUGAUAGAACAAGAUUCCUUAAUAAUAUUAGCAGAUGGAUUUAAUGAACUAAACAUUUUAGCAAUUUUUAUAUUUUAUUAUCAAAACAGAUGUUUAUGGAAUGAGCAAGAUAUAUAUAACGAUAACAUAUUUUUUGAUUUAUUCAAUUUGAAUAAAUAUAAUAAAUCAUAUGACAAGGAAGAUGUAGAAUUGAUAGAGGAUGGUGGACAAGCAAAUAUAAAUAAUCAAACUACAACAAAAUAUACAGUAAAUAAAAAUAAAGCCCAAAAUGAUAAUGAGAUAGAAUAUUAUAUCGACGAUUCAGACAAUUCAGACAAUUCAGAUAAAUCAGAUAAAUCAGAUAAAUCAGAUAAGUCUGAUAAAUAUAACAAGUCUAACAAAUCUGACAAACAUUCCAUUACUACCAGUAGUAGACAGACAAUUGAUAACAUGUUUGAUAGCUAUAAAUAUAAGGAGCAAAAUAAUGAAUUACAAAAAAAUGACAAUCAAAUUAUAUUAUUAGACGACCAUGAGGAGAAGGAAAAAACAGAAACAAAGAAAAAUGACAACGAUAAUAAAAAUAAUAAUAAUAAUAAUAUUGAUAGUUACAACAAUGUGUUUAAUAUUUUAAAAUCACAAAAUAAUAAUUUAAAAGACAUAUGUAACCCCAAUAAACUCAUUUUUAUAUUAAACGUCACACCUAAGGAAUACAAUAUUUUUUUGAAAUAUCAACUAUCCUUAUAUGAACAGAUUAACGAAAUAGAUGAAAGAUAUAAUGAUAAAGUAAAAAUAAAUUAUUUCAAAACUGAAUAUAUAAGAGAUCAGAAAUCACAUGAAAGAAUAGAGAUGUACAUAAAGAGAGGUGUAUAUUUCAUUUCUUCAAAUGUGCUAUUAAUAGAUUUAUUAACAUUUAAAAUAAUUCCUGAAAUUAUUGAUGGGAUAUUUAUUUGUAAAAAUCAUAGAUUGAUAUAUAAUAUGAAAGAAAUAUUUAUUAUCGAGUUAUAUAGAAAAAGGAAUAAAUUUGGUUUUAUUAAAGGUAUAAGUAAUAAUAAAAAAUUAAUAAAUCAUCAACAUAUUGUUAAUUUAGCUCAAAAAUUAUUUAUGAAAAGAAUUUAUUGUUAUCCACGAUUUCAUAAACAUAUACAUAUAUCUUUAAAUAAUAAAUUUCUACAACCACAUAUAUAUGAAAUUAAUCUUGAUAUGCCAAAUGUUCUUUUAAAAAUAGAAGAAAAUAUACUCAAUAUUUUACAUUACCUUAAUUUAGAAAUAAAAAAAAAUUAUAAUUUUCAUGAUUUUGAUUUAAACCCUUUAUUAUAUUCUGAAAAUCCAGAAUCAUAUGUACUUAGUUAUAUUAAGACAAAAACACUUAAUUAUAAUACUAAAAAAUUAUUAAAAGAAAUUAUUACAUUAGUUAAUAUGUUAUGUAAUUUGUUUAUAUAUGAUUCUCUCAUAUUUUAUAAUUAUCUUAAUAAUUUAAAAGAAGCAGAUAAAGAAUGUAUUUGGUUAUAUUGUAAUGAGGCUAACGAAAUUUUUUAUUUAUCAAGAGAAAGAAAAGAUUUUUUUUUAAAUAAAAUGAAUAUAUUGAUUGAUCCAAAUGAUAUAAAUACUAUAAAUAAUACACAAAAUAUUAUUAAUGUAAUACAAUAUGAUAAUAAUUAUUUUCAUAAAUCUUAUCAAGUUAAAAAAGAAUUUAAUCAAUUAUAUAAUUGGGUAUACGAAUUAGUCUUUAAUAGAGAUAUUGAAAAAGACCAGUAUGAAAAGAUACGUGAACAGAAAGAAAGGAUCAAAAAUAAAAAUAUCAUGAAAAAAAAAUUUAUAUUAAAUAAAAAGAAAAAAAAUAAACAAUCAAAUACAAAACAUGUUAACGAUAACAUACAUAUAGAAGACAUAACAUCUAUUAUAUCAAACAAUGAUGUAAAUAUGAAACAUUCUAAAAAUAGUAAAAAUAAUAGUAAUAGUAAUAAUAAUAGUAAUGUUACAAUAAAAAACAAUAAACGAAGAAAAAUAAUUAAUUCAAAAAGUUUUAAUCAUAAUAAUAAUAUGUAUAAUUUAAUAAAAAAAGAAAAGGAUGAUAUUAUACAAAUAAAAUCUUCAGAUAGUGAAAUUAAUAAUAUUAAUAAUAAAAAUAGUAUUAUUAAAUCAAAUGAACAUAUAAUUAUUAAUGAUCACAAAGAAUGUAAAAGCGAGAUGGAUAAUAUAAACGUUGAUCAAACGAAUGAUAAUGAUAAUAAUAAUAAUAAUAAUAUCUUAAAAAUGUGUACAAAUCAAAGAAAAAUAAAUGAACAUAUGGAUAAGAUAGAAUAUCCAAUAGUAAUAAUAGUUGAUAAUUUUUAUAUGCAAAAGGAAUUCUAUAAUUUGCUUCUUCACACAAAUGACGACAAAGAAGGAAGAAAAAGAGAUAAUAAUGAAAAUGAAAAUAAAAGAAAAGAUAAAGAUGAAGAUAAAAUAAUUAUCCCAAACAAUAAUAAUAAUAAUAAUAAUAAUAAUAAUAAUAAUAAUAGUAAUAAUAAUUACAAUGUUGAUGGUAAUACUCAACAGUGUCAGAAACAUUUCAAUGUACUUAUCAAAGCAGAAAAAGAAAAUAAAAUCACUGAUAUUUAUAUUACAGACGAUUCAGUCAGUUCUGAUGAAAGUUAUAAUAAUAAUAAUAAUAAGAAUCUGAACACGUCAAAUAAUUCAGAUAUUUUCUGCUUACAAAAUAAUCCAUUUAAUAUACCUUACGAUAUGAUUAAAAAUAAAACACAUAAUCUGAAAUAUAUAAAACCACAUAUAUAUAUUUUAUGCAUAAAUAAGAACUAUGAAAAUAUUUAUGCUAAAGAUAAUUUCGUUCAAACGUUUCAUCAAAAAAUUGAUGCAAUUCAUAAGAAACGAGAUAAAGAGAACAAUAUAGAAGAAGAAAUUAAAUUAAAUAAACAAAAUAAAAUAGAUGAAAAAUGUAAAAAAAAAAAAAAGAAAAAAAAAGAUAAAGAAAAAAAUAAAGACAAGCAAAAUGAACAAGAACAAAAUGACAAAAAAAAUAUAAUUAGUAAUAAUGAACAUUUAGAAGAUGAUAAUUUUUUUGAAAUAAAUGAAUAUUGUGGAAAUUUAGAUUUUUUAGAAAUAUUUCUAAUUACAAUUAAACCUUAUCGUAUAAUUUUAACUACUCUUGAUUUAAAUAUUUUUAGGAAUAUCGAAAUAUAUUGCGCACGUCUCUUUCAAUAUAGUAUAUACCAAUUACAUGAAGAAGAAUAUUUUAAGGAUAUCAUGAAGUAUGAGAAAGAUAAUUUUAUAUACGUUAAACAGAAUGAAAAUAAUAUUAACAAAACAGAUCAUAUAAUUAAACAAAAUGACAAUAAUAAUAAUAAUAAUAAAAUUCAUAUGGAUAAUAAUAAUUAUAAGUACAAUAAUAUCAAUAAGGAUACAACCUAUAAUAAUAAAUACCAAAAUAAUUUCAUCAAAACAGAAAUGAAUCAUGAUCAAAAUAAAUUAAGAGAUAAAAAAAAAAGAUCAAAAAUAAUACAAAAUGGAGGUAUAAAACAAUCAAUUGAUUUAUUCACCAAAUUAAAAAUAUGGAAUGAUAUGUGUAAUAGUGUAGAAGUCUUUUUAAUAUUCUUUAAAAAUAAUAUACAUUACAAUAAAUAUUUAAACAAAGUUAAAAUUGAAAAAUCCAAUUGGAUAACUUUUCUUGAAAAUCGAAAUAAUUUACGUUUUGAAUUAGAUAGAAAUGUAUUUAACAAAAAUGAAGAACUGUUUAAAAAAGUUAUAAAUUCAUAUUUAAAUUUUCAAAAAAGAUUUAAAGAUAAUAAAAAAAAUAUAACAAAUUUUAAUCAAUCCUUAUGUGAUGAAUUUAAAAGUUUUCAAGAUGUUAAAAUAGAUGAAUAUGCUAUAGAAAAUAAUAAUGUUUUAUUAGAUAAUCAUUAUAACAAUUUUAUAAGUAUGGAAGAAGAAGAAAUUUUUAUCAAAAAUUAUCAAAAUAAAAUGAAUAAAAAUAUUUCUUCUUUUACAUUUGAUGAAAAAAUUAUACAACAAAUUCAAGAAAUUCUACAAAAAUUCUCUAUAGAUUCAUUUAAUCUUAAUUUUAUAUUAUAUAGUAUUUUUAAUAAUACAAAACCUAUAGUUAUUGUAGAUAUAAGAGAAUUAAAAUCUGAUCUAACAUAUAAAUUAUAUAAAAGUAAAAUGCAUAUUAUACCUUAUUCUUUAUUAGUAGGAGAUUAUAUUCUAACCAAAGAUAUAUGUGUUGAAAGAAAAUCAAUUAUCGAUUUAAUACAAUCAUUAAAUAAUAAUAGAUUAUAUAAUCAAAUAAAUCAAAUGUCAAAAUAUUAUCAAACAUAUGUAUUACUCAUUGAAUUUAAUAAUAAAAAUUUAUUCUAUUUUGCAUCUUUAAAUGAUAAAAAUUCAGUAUACACAAAACUUAUUAUGAUAUGUAUCCAGUUUCCCAAGCUCAAAAUAUUAUGGAGUCCCUUUUCUCUUUUUACUGUCAAACUUUUCUGGUCAUUAAAAGUUAAUGCUAGCCAACCUGAUAUUUUUAAAUCACUACAUAUUGAUAUGACCCUACAAAAAAGUGUUCGAGAGCAGUAUAUUAUGAGUAAGAAUAAGCUAAACAAGGGAAAGGAUCUCACCAACGAUCAAAAUAGUUCAAUAGAUAAUAAAAAGGAAAUUAGGGAUGAAGAAAAAGAAGAGGAUAAUAAUAAUACAAAGACAGACGAAUUGGUAGUCCAAACAAAUGAGGAAGAUAAUGUAGACAAUAAACAAGAGACAUAUAAAUACGAAACAAUAUAUGAUCUUUUUGAUAAAAAUUUAUAUAAUAUACAAAAUAUAGAAGAUGAUGAUAAAGAUAUAAAAAAGGUUCAAAAUGUAACUAAUUGGAAUGCAAUCGAAAUUUUAAAAAGUUUACCAGGGGUAACUGAAAAAAAUAUGCAUUAUUUAAUAAAUAAUAUUAAUUCAUUAAGAGAUUUGUGUGAUCAGACAUUAGAGCAAUUGGAAAAUUAUAUGAGCAAAUCUAAUGCUAAAUUGUUGUAUGAUUUUUUAAAUGAAAAUAUAUCAUAA